AUGACAUCACCUGGUCUGGUCAAUUCGGUGGAGCUCAGUCUGUAUGCACUGAGAGCUGCAGUCCUCUUGAUAAAAAUAUGCAAGGGAUUUCUUUCUACGUCUGAUGAAGCUGCUUCUGGUAACUGGGGUCUGAAGGACCAGCUUCUAGCGCUGCGUUGGGUCCAAGACAACAUUGAAUACUUUGGAGGAAACAAAAGUGAUGUGACAAUUUUUGGAGAAAGUGCUGGGGCUGCCUCCAUAUCUUUUCUAAUGCAGUUUCCGUCGAGUGAAAAUCUGUUUCACAAAGCCAUAAUGGAAAGCGGCUCUUCUCUGAACGAAUGGGCGUUAAGUAGACAAGCUAGAGACUGUGCUUUUUCCCUGGGACAACUUUUAAAUGUGAACACUAAAAAUUCCAAAGUCUUGGUUAGAAGGUUGAGGAGAGUGAAUACGUCGAAGCUGAUGAUCAGUUCAUUACAAGUUGACCUCGUGAAAACUUUCACGACGAAUCCUCUGAAUGGUUUGAUAUAUGCUCCAUGCAAAGAAACAGAUCAACAUGGCGACUUUCUGGUUGGAGAGAAUUAUGAGUAUUUGAGAAAAGGUCGCUUCACAAGAGUUCCUGUGAUUAUUGGAUUCAACUCACAAGAAAGUGGGGAUUUUGAUAAAGCUCUCCAGGCAAUUGAGCCGUAUUUGAUUUCCUAUGCAUUGGACCCCAGAAGACUGGUCCCAAUUGACUUAAAUCUAAACAACGACACAAUCAGAAGCUAUAUCGCAACACAAAUUAGAGAUAGAUACUGUCCCAGAAUUCAUUAUCGACAUCUUGUCGAUAAUAAUCUUUUACAGUUCUUUACAGAUGACCAAUUUGUCAGACCAAUAAAUGAAGCAGCUCGUUUGAUGUCCAGAUUUGUUCCAGUGUACCAUUAUAAAUUUUCUUACAUUGACAAUAUCACCGCAGAAAAUUCAGAUGAAGUAGGCGUAGGUGCUGCUCAUGCAUCUGAAUUGAAUUACAUGUUUGCCAAUAACAAUAAUUUAGUUAAAACUACUUCGGAUCGAUUGACACGACUCCGGAUGAUACGGUUGUGGACAAAUUUCGUCAAAACUGGGAACCCUACUCCGGAAGAGGAUGAUCUUUUUGACAGGGUGAUUUGGACAACUUACGAUCAGGGAGAGUUUAUGGAUAUUGGACAUUCUCUAAAGAUGUCGUCAGAUCUCAGGAAAUAUAGCGUUGAUUGGUGGAAAAACAUAUACGACAAAUACGCAAUUCAUCCCUUGGAUACUUAUUGAAAUUUGAAUGGAAUAAAGUUGUUCGUUUUGGUUCAAGA